CGUCACUUAACGCGAAGCUUAGUCGAAGGAGUCACGACAACAGGCAUGUUAUUGCCUCUAAUCGCCCCUCUUCCAUUGCACCGAUGCGACUAUCCCUCUAGCUUGAUUCCUGCCAUGGCAGCAAAUCGCGGCUCUUAAGUCGAGAGGCUGUUGCCCUUGACAGUCAGCACACAUACCUGUGCCAAAACGUUGCGGUAUGCGCGACGUGGGCGUGCAAAGUACAAUGGACACCGGGACCAAACCGCCGCCGUUCACCACGAGGCCUUCCUAAUGCGGGGACAACAAUAAUCUUAUCAAAAAAUUGAUUGAGGUACACACCGGAUCCGGAACCUGGUUUGUUCACCGCCUUUGCGUACCGUCCACGAUGCUUCCGUGCUUUUUGCCCGCGUCUGGGCCUCGCGCGACCUCGCGCUUAUUGUCUCUUGCUCUCGUCGCCAUUUCCGUCCUCGACGCCUUGUUGACGACCACAUCACGGACCCGCAUAGCUCGUGUUGCCCACACCCUCUGGUAGGGAGCAGCUGAGAUUCUCACUCUUGCGCCUUCCUUGGUACUCAGGACGUACGCCUCGCGAUGCUCCACUUCGCUACUCUUCCCCUCCCGCUGCUUCUGCUCUGCUUGAACUUUGCUUCAGUCGUGUAUACUCAUGGCUAUGUCGCCCAAGUCACAAUUGACGGCAAGACCUAUCAAGGGAACGAGCCGCAAGGAACAUCGAAUCCUUCCAUUAUUCGCCAAAUCAGCACCAUCGACCCCGUUAUGAGCGUCAAUGACAGUAACUUGAACUGCGGGUGGAACGCGCCCAAGGCGACGCUCGUCGCUGAUGCGAAUCCUGGGAGUAAACUCACGUUCACUUGGUCUGGCGGGCCUGGCGGAUAUCCUUGGCCACAUAAUGUUGGCCCGUUCUUCUUCUACAUGGCACCAUGUGUCAACACGACCUGCGACCAAUACAAUUCGAUUAACGCGGAGUGGUUCAAGAUAGCUGAAGUCGGAGCCAAACCGGGAGGCGCAGAAUGGUACCAGCAGAACAUUAUGGACGGCUAUCCCGCAAAUGUAACGCUUCCGGCCGACCUCGCACCAGGCCAGUACCUCGUCCGCCACGAGAUCAUCGCGCUACACGAAGCGACCACGAUCGAUGAAGCCCAGUACUACCCAUCCUGUACACAGAUCAACGUCAAGGGCAACGAGACUGGCUACCCGACGUCUAACGAGACGUGUCCAUUCCCUGGGUGCUAUAAGGACACCGACCCCGGGCUCUACGAUCCCACUGUUUACAAUACACCCAUCCAAUACACCUUCCCCGGACCGCCGCUCGCGACGUUCGUCCUUGCUUCCGCCAACUCAUCCGAUCCGGGCACGAAUCCUACCGGGUCUGGCAACGGCUCAAGUUCAGGCGGAAGCUCCGGUGCGGAUCCCGGUGCCGACGGGAACAGUGGCAACGGGUCCUCCACCAGCGCAGCUAGCUCAGGCAAGGGCACGUGCAAGGUCGUCCGACCAGAUGGCGAGUACUUUGUUGUGCAGCGUACAAGGCAUAGGCGGAGCGUCAACCAGGUCUUGCGGAGGUGGUUGUCAGAUACCAAGCGGGUGGUGAUGCGGUAUUAGACAAGUCAUGGCGAGCGGUGUAUUAUAUUCAAACGACAUUGUACAAUACGAAGUCGCGAUUGCGCUAUGUAGUAUUCGGCGUGUACGAUAUACUUACACACGACUUAUCUUGUGAUACC